GCCUCCCUUGCCCGCCAUUAACUGUCUCACGCUCCUCUCCCUCCCUCGCUUGUUCGGCACACUCCCUCCCCAAAGCGGCAGCCUCUCACGCGCUCCACCACGCCACCUCCCUCCACCCCCUCUCUAUAUACUCACACACUCUCCUGCUGUUUUCCGUCCACCCGCUUCGCAGCUCCCGUCCCAAAACCCUAGCCCCCCGGCGGAUCGCCGGGCGCCUCCGGUGCGUGCCCGGUGCCAGCGACGCGGCUCGUUUGAUCCGAUUGGUUGGUGGGGCACCCGCUCUCGCUGCCGCGCUUCGCUCCGGCGGUGCGGCGGGGGGGAGCACCGAGCACGCGGAAAUGGGGAACUGCUGCUGCUGGGGCGCGCGGAUCAAGGAUGGGAGCCCUCACCCUGGCACCUCAGGAAUGUUCUCGAAGAGUGGUGGUAAGGAUGGGAGUAGGCUUAGCGGCUGUAGUAGUCGAGCCUCUUCAGCUUCCAUGCCAACAAGUGCCAAGACUGAAUGUGAAAUCCUGCAAUCAGCCAAUGUUAAGGUCUUCACCUUCAAUAAUCUCAAGGCAGCCACAAGGAAUUUCCGUCCUGAUAGUGUUCUAGGUGAAGGAGGGUUUGGAUCUGUCUAUAAAGGAUGGAUCGAUGAAAACACAUUAUCGCCUUGCAGGCCUGGCACUGGAAUUGCUGUUGCUGUGAAAAAACUCAACCCUGAGGGUUUGCAAGGGCACCGAGAAUGGUUGGCGGAAGUUAAUUACCUAGGUCAGUUCUGUCAUCCCAACCUUGUCAAGCUGAUUGGAUACUGCGUAGAGGAUGAGCACCGACUGCUAGUAUACGAGUUCAUGCCCCGUGGGAGCUUGGAAAAUCAUCUGUUUAGGAGAGGCUCAUACUUCCAACCUCUGUCAUGGAACCUUAGAAUGAAGGUUGCACUUGGAGCAGCAAAAGGACUGGCUUACCUUCAUAGUGCAGAGGCAAAAGUUAUUUACCGAGAUUUUAAGACUUCCAACAUCCUCCUUGACACAGAUUAUUCUGCGAAGCUUUCUGAUUUUGGAUUGGCUAAGGAUGGUCCUGUUGGUGAGAAGAGCCAUGUGUCCACAAGAGUUAUGGGAACAUACGGUUAUGCAGCUCCUGAGUAUCUUUCAACAGGUCACCUAACUACAAAGAGCGACAUCUAUAGCUUUGGAGUAGUGCUUCUGGAGAUGCUGUCAGGCCGCCGUGCCAUUGACAAGAACCGCCCCCAGGGUGAGCACAAUCUUGUGGAGUGGGCUCGACCUUACCUCGCACAUAAGCGCAAGAUAUUCCGCAUUCUGGAUACCAGGCUGGAAGGUCAAUACAAUCUCAACAGUGCGCAAUCAAUUGCUGCCCUUGCUCUUGAAUGCCUAUCCUACGAAGCUAAGAUGAGGCCGACUAUGGAUGAUGUGGUCACUAUUCUACAAGAGGUCCAAGACUCCAGUGAAGCUGAGAAGCUUCAAGAACCCAAGGCUGGAACCAAACAGGCACCUGCUGCUGUGACUGCUAGCAAGAGCACUCGCAAUCCUCGCCGGAGAAGCCUGGCAGGCACAAAGGAGACUGUUGGUCCAAAUCCAAAACCAUUGGCCCAUUCUCGUUAGCAAGGAAAAGCAUUAAACUUGGUCAGGUCGUUAGCUAGACUGUAGCUUGUGAAUAUGCUCUGGUCUGUGUAUAAUGAGGGUAAUCAGUCUUUUGGUAACAAGUCUUUUCGUUUUUAUCGUGAGCUGCUCGGUUUCAGCUUGACUGGAUCUGUAUGUCGAAACCCAUGGCAUCAAGAGAGAGCUCAUGUUCCGAGUUGUUAACCUCAACCGAUCGUCUUUGUUGCCGGCUGCAUUUGCAUGUUCCGAAUCUUUAACCUGAAUCGGCUGCAUUUGUUCCA